AUGGCCGAACUCCUGCUUCCGGAUCACAAGACAUUGUCGAAGAGUAGAUACGGAUCCGCGCCCGAAGGCAGCAUCUGGGGCUUCUGGGACGAACUUCAUGGCGGCCCUGACAAACUCGAUUCCCUGAAUCUUCUGACGCCGGAGAGGGUGCUUGCAGCAAAAGAUGGAAUAAGAUCGGAAGCAGUGCAGAGGCUUGAGCAAGAGAUCAUCGAUUACCUGCCCAUUGUGGGAGUCCAUGCUCACGACGAUGUGCUCAAGUUCAACACCCAGUGCGGGAGUCAAUGGGAUGGGUUUGGCCACUACUGUCAUCCCACGGGGAUCUACUACAACGGGGUCAAGCACGCUGACGUCAAAGGAACGCCGGGCUCUCUGGGCAUCAACCGUAAGCUCACGACCCGCGACCCCGACGAUCAGUCUGUUCAUGAAAAUGUUAAUGUGGCUGAUAAAUUCUUCACAGAUUGGUGUGAGACAGGCGGCAUCGUCAUGCGCGGCGUGCUCCUCAACUAUGUCAGGUACCUCGAGGACAAGGGCCUGCCAAUGCCGGAUCCUACCACGAAUCACGGCUUUACGCUCCGCGACCUCGAGGCUGUUGCGCAACACCAGAAGCUCGACUUUAAGAUUGGGCAUCUGUUGUUCGUCCGCACGGGAUUUGUGCGCUGGUACGACAAUGCGCCGGACGGGGAGCGACGGCGAUGCAUGGGCGGAGAGCAGUUCACAUUCAUCGGUCUCCAGGGAUCUGAGGAGGCCAAAGAGUGGCUCUGGGAUCAUCACUUCGCCGCGCGCCUGCGACACGUUUGCGCUUGA